AUGUCGACCAAUGCUGCGGGGCUUUUCGUACUGUGCAGCGUUUUGCCGGCGCUGUCGACCCUCGCCGUCGGCGCUCGCCUCUAUGUGCGAAAUCUCAAGAAGCAGAAAUUCGGUGUUGACGACUGGACUGCGCUGGCCGGCCUGAUUGGGCUGUGGGGUGUAGCGGGAGUCAUUCUCGAUGGCACGAGGAGAGGUCUCUUCGGAGGAAAUUCCAAUCUCGACCCGGUAACCGGUGCUCUGCUCCGCUCGUGGAGGGAAGGCCCCAACGUCAAGUAUUCGUGGAUCGUUCCCAUUAUAACGGUCGUAGCGCUGGCGCCAAUCAAACUCAGUGUCAUAUUUCUCUACCGCCGAGUCUUCCACAUCAGCCGCUUCUUCCAUUACUAUUCCAUCUUCCUUUGCGUCCUACUGGUCGUGUGGGCGUUUGCCUUCAUCUUUGCGAGUAUCUUCCAAUGCGGUACGAGACCUUGGGCGUACUGGACGACCGUGCAAACCAUCCAGCAGUUUUGCGGCGACACAGGCGGCGCGAACGUAGCGCUGUGCUUUUCUGAUCUGUUUAUCGAUGUUCUGAUCCUCGUUGCACCUCUCGUCAUGAUCUGGAAGAUGAACUUCACCCUCUGGAGAAAGAUGCAGAUUGUUGCCGUGUUCGCGCUGGGCUUCGUGUCUACCGCCGCAGCUGCCGCGCGCGUGUACAUUAUGUGGGAAGACGCUUAUGACACAAGACGCGGCCACACGAACUUGAUAAGGGAGAAUACCAAAGUCGUUAUGUGGUGCCUCAUCGAGAUCAGCUCUGCCCUCAUCGCAUGCUGCCUGCCGGUCCUCCGGCCCAUCUUCGCAGACACAUGGGUGUCGCACCUCAUCUGCCAACUCCAGAACCGAAUCUGUCCAAACGACCCCAGUAGGCGUCCGUCAGAUCGCGAGGUCGAGGAAGGUAUGGCUUUCCAGAGCAUCGGUGGGACCGACUUUCAAGUCGUGACCAAGCGGGAGUCGAUGUCGAGGAAGGACUCGAAGUUGAGCACGAAUGUUGAAUCACGAGAGGUCGAUUCGGCAAGGUAUACGUACGAGACAACUGGAGAGAUGGAUUGCACGCUCAAGGAGAUAGGGAUCUCGAAAGAGAUACAAGUGGAACAGCCAUGA